CAUGCUGCCUCCUAUAAAUAUGCCUUCUCCCUCCCUAUCCCCAGAUCUCAUCACAAUUUUCAUUGUAAAAAAAAGUCUUGUGAUUCAUAGCCUUCCUCAUAGGAGUUUUGUGAUGCAAAUUCCUCAACUAGACAAGCGCUUCUCUUUGCUGCUCUGCAUAAAGUUGAAGACUGCAGUGCUUGUCAUUUAUCGCAAGUUACAACUCACACACCUCACGCUUGUGCGUAUAUGGUGUUAGUUGAAGAGAAGCGUCCUACCAAUUGUUGUGCGCACAUAAUUUUUGGGUAUGAGAUAUUUUGACAUAUUUAUAGAGAUUUUAGUUGCCAAUUUAUCUUCCAACACGCCCUUUCUUAGCUAUCAAAUAUAGGCAUAGGCUUUGAUCUUGUAUCUUGAAGCAACUAGCCUAAUGAACAUGUUCCUUGGAAUUAUGUGCUGAAAUUUCUUUUUUGUUUUCUUUUAUUGGAAUAAGUAUCUUCAUAUAAUUUCGCACCAUCUAGCCUCGUUAAAAGAAGUUGGUCUCACGAAUGAAAUUGUCGAAGACCUCAAGCAAUCCUGAUAGAAAACAACCUAUAGAUUGGCUCUCCUUCAUCAAUGAUGACCAUGCUAAGUUGGCAAUUCCGGUUGGACCUCGAUUCCAAGUAGACAUUCCAUCUUGGAAUCCCCCAUCCUCAAAGAGUCGCAUAACUAUUGGUGAAACGGAGUCGAAUGAUGAAAAUAAGUGGUUGGACUCGAUAAUAUGGCCGCCGAAAGGAAGAAGCCAAAAUGUGUACCAUGAUAGGGUCGGAAGAGGAAGACCUCAAGAUUGUUUAUGUGCAUUUCCUGGGUCUAUAGAGUGCGUUAGACAACACGUGUCAGCCAAAAGGUUCCAAUUAAAGGUCGAACUUGGCCCCGUCUUUUGGAAAUGGAGGUUUGAUGUCAUGGGAGAAGAUGUCUCCAAGCUAUGGAAUCAGGAGGAACAGAGGAAAUUUAAUGAUAUCGUGAAAAAGAAUCUUACAUCUCAUGAUACAAGCUUCGUGGAGGCCGCCUCACGAUGUUUGCCAUGCCAUAGCAAAGGAAGCAUCAUUAGCUACUAUUUGAACGUGUACAUCCCAAGGCGGAUAGGUGUUCAAACUAGGUCGAGUUGCAAUAUCGUCGACACAGAUGAUGAUAACAACAAUGAUGAUGAGGAAGAUAAUAAUGGCGAUGAUGAUGAUUUUGUCAAUGAUGGUGAGGACGUCAUGCAUCCCAAGGGGUCGCUUAAGAGGUUACAUGCUGGCUUUACUUCCUCCACUCGUAAAUAUAUGAAGAUCGCGUUUGACCUCAUGCCGGUGAGUUCUUCUGCCUCUUAGUCUAGAUAUUACAUAUCAUAAUCGAUUCUGCGGUAAUGAACUAAAGUUUUUUGGGAUUGAAUACAAGGAGAGCAGCAGCUCUGUAUCUUGAUCCUUUAAAAUGUGAUUCGUGAAUGUAUUAUACUUGGUUGAAGUUUAUGUCUAGGACAGGGUAGAUCUAUGGUGUCUACCAUGAUCAAGUGGCAAAAGUUGAGGUUUAAAUGUUUUUGAUAUGAAGCUUAAAUGAGUUCAUUUCUUACCUUUUAA